UCAUUUAGAUGUCAAUGUACGUCAACACAGAAAUUUCUUUUAAAAAAUGUGAUAUUUACUUUUAUAAUUAAUUGUAUUCGCGUACGAUGGUUCAGCAACACUUGAGCAAUAAAUACAAGUGCAAAUCUUUGGUGUUAUGGCUUUAAUAGUUCACGAAAAUGUUUAGCAAAAGAAAUCUCGUUGAUGUUAAAAAAUCCACUUCCAAAGUACAGGAUCCGAAAAAAGAUCUGCCCACAAGAAUUAAACACCUGAAAGUUAUCUUAGAAAAUGUGGAUAUUGCGGAAGCGAAGGGGCUGUUUGAAGCCAAUUUUAGCCAUGUCUAUAACAUCCUCUAUGACAGUUUUAUACAAGCCGAAGGAAACUUACGACAACGAGAACUUUCUUUUCAUUUAGUUCAUAAAGCCCACAAAGAAGAAUUAGAAUGCACGCUAUGGAUCCUGGAACAGGUUUUAUGUCUACUCCCUGAGCUGAUUCAUAAAAGGUGGCAACUUCACUCACUUGGUCGAAUUCUGUCAAAACUUCUCCACCCCGGCAAUUCGAUAAAACUGCGCAGACAAGCAAUUCGUUUUUUCCUAAUGUGGUACCAAGCUUUAAAUGACAACGCCCCUGACUAUGUCCACAACAUGUUUCAAACUUUGGUGCCAGGUUUCCACAAUCCAGCUACAGUCGCCACGCAAAUCAGUGGCAGCAUUUUUCAUGACACCAGCGCCCAGCAUCCUGUGACUCCCACAGAAUUGUUGGCAGUGCUGCCACCUUCAGGCGGCGAAAAGGCGCCAGACCAUCCAAGUAAAUUCUUUUUAGAAGCACUACUGGAGCACAUGGUACAUACAGUGGUUAAAUUGGAGUGGCAAGAUAAAGCUGCCCACCAUCAUAGGUGCUUUCAUUUUUUAUUAGAGAAAUUCAAGACAUUUUAUUUGAUGAAGAUUUUUCCAAAUUUUAGUUAUGACACUUCAUUAUACACGCCAAAUUUAGAUUUACCUGUUUUAAGGAAACCUGAAGCUGAAAGUGAGUUUAUUUACUGUCGGGUGUCUUUGAUUAUGUGGAUAGCGAGUUACUUGCAUCAGACAAGGAAAAAUAUUGAUGGCGGACCUGCUUCAAUGACACAUUCCACAAAUAGUGCCCCUGUGGGCUCUCAUGAGGAUGAAACCCAGCAUGAGUCUGCUCACCCCAGCCUUGAAUCAACAAUAUCCCUUCAAACCAACAAAACAGCCAGCGACGAGGAACUCUCAGCCCAAAUCGUACGUGAAGUCCUCUGUAGCUCCAGAGACAACGUAAAUUUUGUUCACGAAAUCUACAGACAGGCAUUCCUAAUUAACUUUAGUCACGUGAUUGCAAUCAGAAAGAUUAUAGCGGUUUACAAAGAUUUGAUUCAGUUGAACGUACCUGAGAUACCUUCUUACAUGUUAGAACCCCCAGAGGACUGUCCUAGAUACAUGGAAGACAUGAAUCCUGAAAGUGCUCGGCCUCCAAGGUUACGAAACGACUCUUACUUAGGAGCGAUACAUAAGGAAAAUUUAUUGGUUAAGGCUGGCAUGCAGAACGUGCUGCAGUUGUUUAUGACCCAUGCUGCCAACGUAUUUUUGCUAGAAGUGAACCCACACAUUCCAAAAUUGCUGGAAGAACAGACUGAUGCUUGUAAAAGAGUACUUAAUAUUUAUAGGUAUAUGGUUAUGAAUACGAGGAUGGAUAGUAGUACAUGGGAGCAGCUGCUGUUGGUACUAUUGCAGAUAACUUCACUAGUGCUGGGAGAAAACCCCCCAAGAAAAAAAAUGAGCUCUUUAGGUGGCAAACUUGCUCCUGCGAUUUUUCAAACGCUAAUUGUUACCUGGAUUAAAGCUAAUUUGAACGUAAUGAUUUCAAGGGAACUGUGGGAUCGAUUUUUGUUAGUUCUCACAUCUUUAACUAACUGGGAAGAAUUGAUCAAGGAGUGGGCGAAAACAAUGGAAACUUUGACAAGAGUUUUGGCUCGUCAUGUAUAUAAUUUAGAUUUAACGGAUUUACCAUUGGAUCGUCUUAUGGAACAAAAAUCGAAACGUGGAAGACGACUUGUCAGCAGGCCUGAAAGCAACACUCAGUGUAAUAUUAGUGAACAUGUACAUAGCACAGUGUGUCGACAAGAUUCAUCACUGCCAGAUGGAAAUGUCUUAAGAAAGAGAGCUAAACACGGAUUAACCAGAAGUUACAGUGAAACUAGUCUAAACGUCAAACGGAGGUCGUCACAAAGGCAGAAAAACAGCAAACACCGCCGUUCUUUAUCUUUGGAUAAUAUCCCACAAUUAGACACCGAAUCAACGGACAGAACCCGUUCACCCAGUCCAGCGCCAUCCAGCGGCCUCGAAAGUAACUCUAUUAAAGACUCUCCCAUUCAACUGGAUGUUCUCUCUACCGAAAAUUCCACUUCUGAAUCCUCUGGUGAACACAGAGGGGUAGUUUGUGGUGGUACCAUUCGAGGCUGGCUGCCAGACGUCGCUGUCAUCUUGUGGAGACGUAUGUUGGGGGCGCUAGGCGACGUUAACACAAUAACUGAUCCAAAGUUGCAUUCACAAGUGUUUGAAUAUUUAGUCAAACUAAUAGACACCUUGAUCAAAAUCAAACAAAAUCAAGGAAUUUCUGUGGAUAAUCAAAGCACGCCACCAGCUCCAGAGUUGAUUCCGCCCCUGACGCUAAUUUUGCCGUGGUGCUUUGGAGCUUUGAUGCUUCCAGAUGAUUUCGAGUCUGGGAAGUUGAGCGCGUUGCGGCUACUUUGUACUGUCACCUUAAACUGUGAUCAUAAACAUAGAAACUAUUUACCUCAGUUCUAUAGGUUUUUACAUGUCGCUUUGGUUGGUAAUUCUAAACCGUUCCUUAAUACAACGUUGAAGUUUUUGGGACCUAGAUUUUUAUCUUUGCAACUACCAGGGUUUUCUCUGUUGUUGUUUGAUCUUAUUCAUGCCUGUAACACCGUUUUGAACUCCUUGGAGAAUCUCGAAGGAACACCGAGAACGGAAGCUAUCUCAAUUAUCGCGAAUUUAUUGAGCCUACCUGAUGAUCUUAAUAACAUGUCUGUGCUUCAACUUGAAGAGAAUAUUCAUGUAAUGUUCUGCCCCGACAUUAAAGAACACGUCGUCAGUUUUUUAUUGCGAGCGGGUAGAAGAGAGCCUAAAGGUAAAGCUCGUUGUAUAGCUCUCUCGGCCUUGGGUAUGUUUGUGUACAAGGAAUUGACAAACCAAACUUUCCACCCAAAGGUCUCUGAAGCAGUUAAUGUUUUAUUGCUGGCUCUUAAGUUUAAUAAUAAAAUUAUUGCACACUUGGCGAGCAAUAUUUUGUUUUUACUGUGUGAUCAUGCCUCUCUACUUUGGACGCAGUAUCCAAGACUUGGGAAUGCUGUGAUUCAUACACUCUGUGCUGCUUUGUUCCUUCACGCACCUUUGGGGUCUACUGCGGGCGAAAGCGAUAAAGCACUCGGAACAGCUCUUCUACUAUGUUUAGGUGAAUGGUGCAUGAAGUUGGAACCUAAGAGGCUUCUGGAGGUAUCAGAAUAUGGGGAAGAAAGAGGAAGCUGUUUGUUGCUGCAAGUUUUUACGGUUUUGUACAAAAUUGCGAUGGGCAAAGCCUCUGCUGAUAACCCCGGAGGUUUAUCACAACCCAGUUUGAAUGAAGAUUUCGACCCCAACAUAUUAUCCGAUGAUUUAGCAGACAGGUCGUCGCCUUCGUUAUCUCCAUCCAAGAAUCAUCAGUGCCAAAAGGCCAUAACCCUGUGUGCUAAAACGGUUUUAGCCCACCUCGUAACACACCUAGGCCACUUCCCAAUGGCCAUAGGGGCAGCUAGACUUAGUUCGAUGGUUGUUGAACACGACGAUGUUCCUAAUCUAACUUCGGACGAAUUGUCCGCUAGUAUUUUUUCAGCACCAAAUAUUCAACUUUUUAUGUUUACGGAAAAUGUCAUAGCAAGCUUAAUCGAGUUGCCUGUGCUGGAUCUCCCAGGGGGCGGAGUUACCGCCGGACUGUCAACAGCCGACAAACAAGUGAGGGUGUUACUGAGAGAUCUGUCAGGCAAAGCUUGCUGGGAUGCGUCGAUUUUAUAUCGAUCUCCCGAAAGUGACAGCUCUGAUGACAAUCAACAAGUUGAUUUUGAAACUACUUCAAAUCAAACUAAAUGGGGGCCUAUGAGUAUUCAACCGGAGAGUUUUCUGGUCGGAAGUUCAACGAAUUUACCUCAGAGGGCUAUGAGACAUCGAUCUCCUAAUGUUUUGCCUGAUAUCACUAAUUCCGCUCAAGACCUCGAUCAGCUGGAUGAUUUGUUGCAAUAUUUGGGACACACGAGUCCGGAAUGUUUGGAGAAUUUUGACCGGAAGUUGAAUGAACCGGCAGCGCCACCUUUGUCGAUUGAAAUCGAACAAGAGGCGAUUGCGUCUGUUAUAAAUCAGAGGAAUUUGGAAGUGGAGGAAAACAGGGUUAUGCAAUUCGCUGAUUCUAUGCUGGGGCAACCCAUUUCUAGGCCUAGUAGUCGCAGUGAGGGCGCUUCGAGUCCAGCCUACGACAACAGCAUCCAGCAGGCUUCUAGUGGAAUCAUCGAGCAAAAUGCUUUCCAACAGUGUCGCCUAUUGUUUUCACAACUAGGUCUGGCCGGAUGGGAGCGGCGCCAACAACUGCACCUUCUCAAUAAGACUGAGCGCCUACUAAGAGAACUGCGAAAUUUGGAUAGCCAGAGAUGUAGAGAAACGCACAAGGUUGCCGUAAUUUACGUCGCCCCUGGCCAAGAAGACAAAAAUUCCAUUCUGUCAAACCAAGGCGGCAGUGCUGCUUAUGAACAAUUUCUCGCAGCUUUAGCAUGGGAAGUGGAAUUAGAAGGACACACGGGUUUCUUAGGUGGCCUACAACGCCAAGGAUCUACGGGUUUAACAGCUCCAUACGUAGCAACCAGUUUUUCGGAGGCAAUUUUUCAUGUUGCAACAAGAAUGCCAGGAGAUACACCUGAAACUGUUCUAAACAAAACAAAACAUUUGGGGAACGAUGAGGUUCACAUAGUGUGGUCAGAGCACUGUCGGGAUUAUAGACGUGAUAUCAUUCCCACCGAGUUCUGUGAUAUUUUGAUAACAAUCUACCCACUAGGAAAUAACUUAAAUAGGGUGACAGUUAACUGCAAGCCUGACGUACCGCAAUUCGGAAUCCUGUUCCACGAAGCUAUCGUUGAGAAUAACAUUCUAGCUGGUUUAGUUAGAGCAACUGCAAUCUGCGCUAGUCGUGCCAAAAGAACCACUUUGACGUUUUAUCAGCAAUACUAUGAGGAACGGGCAUUAUCACUUGAGACGGUCGUAACAAAACAUAAACAUAAUACUACUUAUGAAGAUUUCAUAUCGCGAGUGUACAGUCCCAUAGCUACCCCAAGUCCGUUUUGUGUAAGCGGUUCAACCUCCAGCGGAGCGGGAGAUGGUCCAGCGUGUACAGGAAAUCCAUCAAUGCUAGCAGCAGCGCUUCUGGACUCUCAUGGACACUCCCAUAAACCAAAUCAAAGAAAUGAUUCGAAAUUUAGAGAAGUAGUUUCAGCAUCUGAUGCUGCCAGGGGUGUUUGGUUUAAUAAUAAUCCCGACGUCUCUCAAAAUGUAGAGUCCACCAGUAUUUCGCCUCGUCCUUUAAAGAAAAUCUCAUCAAGUUUGAAAAGUGUGCCACGUAGAUCCCUUCGACAAGAAGCGCAAGACUCUCCCCCAGAAAGUCCUCAGCAGUCGACAAGAAAGAAGUAAAGAUUUCUUUAGCUGUAUAAAAUGCUUGAUGUUGUACUAGCUGAUUAAGGAAAAAUGACUAGUUCGUGCAAAGCACCGCAAUUAGUCGUGUAAAAUAUAACUAGAUGUUUCUAAUUUCGAAUUAAGACAAACACCAAAAUUAAGUCUCAGAUAUAUUUUUUAUAGCUACUGAAUAGUGUGGUGACAAACGGUAGGGAAGCGGAAGAGAGAAUAAGGCCUGAAAAAUGUUUUAGGUUACAUAUUCAGUAGUUGCAGGUUUUAUUUAUUAAUUCGACAUUUGUGUAAAUUAAUUUUAUGUUUAUUUAUUAAUGUGAAAAUAACGGUAUUAAUUUAUGAUAGAUGUACAAGAUAUAUUUAUUAACGUCGUUAUUUAUUUUAUUUUUAUCUAAUUGAAUAUAAUCUCUGCAUUUAUAAAUCUGUGAAUAUUCCUUGUUGUGUUAUUGUUGGGUUUUUCAGUAUUGCAAUCAUUUUUUAAAGGCUUCACGAGGUUCCAUUUGAGCAGUAUUGCUGUCUGUAGAAAUUUUCCAUUUUUGUUAAUUUGUUUAAGUGAAACACAAAAAAUGAUUGUAAACAUGUUGUGUUUGGAGCUAAUUCAGUAUUAAUUUUUAUUUUACAUUUACAGAUUUUUUUUAAACCAUGGAAUGGUUUUUGUAAACUUGUAGAUAAUAUUUUUAAAAUGUACUUAUAUUUAAAGCUUUAUUAAUAAACUUUACAAACUUUA